GAAAAUAAAAAUAAUUUAGAAACUAAAAACGAAUUGUUAGUAAAGUACGAAAAUACAUUUAUUAAACAUUAUUAAGCGGCUUACUGACGCUUUUUAAUGCUGGAACAUUGCUUUAUAAAAAUAUAAAUUCUGUGCAUUUGUGCUUAACUAAUGAUUCAAAGUGUGCCGUUAUUAUAAAGUGUUGCCUAUUUUAAUUUAUUUAUACAACAGCAGGGAAGAAUAUUGCAUUCGUGCGGGUCCCGGCUUUAUCCUGUGCAACGAAAGGGCAGACAAGCUAGCAAAAAAAACAACAACAAAAAAAAAAACAACCAAAACAGCAAAUGUUGAAAUCGAGUCAAGUUAUAUCUAUAUCAAGUUAUCUGAAUUAGAUGGAAAGAGCAUAUGUGAAAUGAAAUACAGCAUCAGUGGCAUUAAGAAACAGCUGGAAGGCGUUUAUACUCUAUAUAUACAGAAAUAUACAAACAAAAUGGGUGUAUCAAGAGAUAAUGGUAAGAAUAUGAAUAAAUUUUAAGCAGAAUAAGGAGCAUUACAGCCUUAAAAGCACUCUUUAUAUUAUGGGAAAACGCCAGACAGUAGAUAGAAAUGUUGAAAGCAUUUUAAAAUGUGCAGAGAAAAGAAGUUUGGUUGUUUUUAAUGAAAGAAACUGUAGUGGAGAAUGUAGCGUAAAGGAAAUUCAGCACAGUAGGGGGCAGUAGUGCAACAAACCGGAUGCUGUAAAACUCCGAAGAAGAAGAAGACUUCCUCCAGUCCUGCGGGAAGCAGCAGAGAGCCGGUCUAUCGGGCUGAAGAAGACAAACAUCGGCUCCAGAGCACUUGCUGCUGUCAUUCAGUGUCUUCGCUGCACUUACAGACGGGUUUUUUUCCUCCUGGAUCCAGCGGAAAGAACUCAUCGGGAUUCUUUUAUUCGUCUGUGAAGCCUGCUCUAAACCCCGCGCUCUUCAGGACACCCCGGCAGUGAAUAACAUGGGUGUGCGCCGAGCAUCCGAUUAGUUCAGAAAGUACAAAGAGAGAAAACCCUGCGCUUCACCUACUUCGGCGGGAGAUCGUUUUCUUCUACACGUCGGACCCCGGUUACACGCUUCCGCUGGGGUUUACCUCGGAUUCGGAGCUGGACGGUUCCGCGCUCUUCCACAGACACAAGGCCGAUUUCUGUCGCCCGAACCUCGCGAGCCACCAUGGCUAAAGUGCAGGUGCUGAACGUGGCUGUUCUGGAUAACCCCAGUCCUUUCGGAAACCCGUUUCAGUUCGAAAUCACAUUUGAAUGCAUGGAGGACCUGCCUGAAGAUCUCGAGUGGAAGAUCAUCUAUGUGGGCUCUGCAGAGAGCGAGGAGUACGACCAGAUCCUGGACUCGGUUCUGGUCGGCCCAGUUCCCGCAGGAAGACAUAUGUUCGUCUUUCAGGCGGAUGCUCCAAACACGGGACUGAUCCCCGAGAGCGACGCGGUGGGCGUGACCGUAGUGCUGAUCACGUGCACCUAUCGGGGGCAGGAGUUCAUUCGCAUCGGCUACUACGUGAACAACGAGUACACGGACCCCGAGCUGCGGGAGAACCCGCCGGUCAAACCCGACUACACACAGCUGCAGAGGAACAUCUUGGCCUCUAACCCCCGCGUGACCCGUUUCCACAUCAACUGGGAAGCGACGAUGGACAAGAUGGAGGAUUCGGAGAAUGUAGACCCGGCCCCCAAUGCCAUGCUCCCGCCCUCCUCCAUGCCCGGCAAAGCCCCGCCCCUCGGACUCAUGCCCGACAACUCUAUGGACUGCUUAUAAAGCGCGAACGCGACCGCAACCUCGCUCGUGAAGUAAUAAAUGUGUUCUUUUGUAUUUAUACACCUACAGUUGUCCCACACGUGCUCUUAGCGCUGAGAUCGGACGCGGCAGCAGGGGGCCGGACCUGCAGCACCAGCAGACGUGGACUGUUCUCUUCUGUUUUUCUGUGGUGCACAUCACUAGUGAGGUGAAUCCCAUAAAAACGCGUUCGGUCGGCAUUUUCUUAGGAAGUACUAUAUUUUGCAGAAGCGUUUUAGGACUGUUAGUAUGUUUUGAGACUGUUCAGCCCCAAGCUGUCGUUACUGUAACCUCCAGAAACACGCUCGCGCUCAUCACCGUAAAGCAGAGUUGUUUAUGAUAACCAUAGAAUAGUACCAUACGGUGUCUUUUUUUAUUUCCUGUUAAGAAUUACCACUAAAAAGUUUCCCUUUUUUAAAAAAAAAAUUAAAUAAAUGUGACCUCGACAUGUUUUUUUGGCGAGAUUCAUCCUGCGGUCAGAAACCGGAGCAACUUUUCGGGAACACUUUGCUCGGAUGCGGUCGGUGUUCGGGACCCGAUUCCCGGCUUCCUGUCCGAGAUGAGUCGUUUUAAACCGAAUGCAAGUUGGUUCUUUCGUUGCCUUGUUUUCUUUCCGUGUGACGUUUUGUUUAUGAAAAGUCUGGGAUUUAAUAAAUACGAUCUUUUGUCUUUGUAAA